AUGAGGCGGCGACGUGCCCAUCUUGGCUUUGUUGGCGUAUUGCGUCCCGUUCUAUCUGCUCUUCUCGUGUUGGCGCUUCUUACUUUUCCUUUCAUUGUGUGGGCAUUACAAAUGGAUCCUGAGCCUGCUCUGCCGUCGCAGCCGAGGGUGAGCAAAGUGAUCGCCCUUAUUGCCGCUCAAGGCAACAUUCAUGAGGACUCCCCAAAAAUAGUGGUGGUGUCAUUUCCAAUGACGUGGCGAAGAGAUCGUUUGUUGCAUGUUUUGAAUGCCACUCUGUAUGAUUGGCCGAGGGGUGAGAGUAUUGUCCAUGAAGUGCUGCUCGUGUGGAAUGGUAUGAAGGAAAAAAUGCCAGACGAAUUGCCUGCGUUGAACUCGAGGUACGACACAAGGCAUCGACCAGCAUGCAGUGGCACUGGACAUGCCCCGUUCCUGCGAAUUGUGCCGCAACCAUCCGAUUCCGUGGCGAAUCGCUGGCUUGUCGCCUCUCUUCUCCGCACCGAAUCUGUGCUCAACAUCGACGAUGAUAUGAAAGUGUUGUAUGAUGCGGCACGGUGCAAGUUUUCAAUUUGGUUGCGAUCCACCUAUUUGCUUGUGGCGACGAACGUGCGGGCCGUUGUGGACUGCGGCAAAACAAUGGAGCGGUGUCAAUGCAAUCGUUCCUUUGAUUACUUGGCACGAGAGCGGCUGCGAGGGAUAGGCCUAUCGUACAACGUGGCCCUGCCACGUGUUCUUCUCUCCUCACGUGUAUACUAUGUUGUCUUUGAGGAGUUGUUUUACCGGGCUGUUAAUGUGCCCACGUACCCCAGCCUGACGAGUUUCACGUCCACUCGACAGGAUUCCAUUCGUCUUAUACUGGAGGCGUUGCUCUGCGAUGACAUUUCCUUCAACUACGCGGCGGCAAACGCCUCCGUUAUUUUUCUUGUGGCCGCAUUGAACCUAUUUCACGCGUCAACGUUGGAUAAAGGCCACCCCAAUUCUAGUAGAGGCUGCUUUGAAGUCAUUUCCGGAGUCUAG